ACAGCAUAAUUGUAAAAGUUGGGUUUUGGACGUCAGCUCACGUGCACGCAUAUCACAGUUUCUGCCGCUCAGUCUUAAAUUUCUUAAACAACCGUCAAAAAUGGCCGUCACAGUCCACGUAUGAUCAUCGACCCAAUUAAUUUUCUAUUUACCUAGCCGCAAUGAUAUAAUAAUCAACAUUCAGUUCAUGAAAAAUUCACACAGUAUUUUUAAAAAAAUCCUAAUGUACAGCCGUGUUCUGAAGUUUUGUAAAUUCCUUUGUUGACAAACCCUAGGCAUGACUAUUAUUGUAUUUCUCAUUGAUACUUCGGCGUCCAUGUGUCAGAGGACCUAUGUAGGAGGAAGGCCAACCCUCUUGGAUAUUGCAAAAGGAGCAGUAGAGUCUUUUGUUAAGGUGAGACAAAGAUCUUCUGAAAGUCGAGGUGAUAGGUAUAUGCUUCUUACUUUUGAAGAACCUCCAGCUAAUAUAAAGGCUGGUUGGAAAGAAAAUAUUGGUGCUUUUAUGAAUCAAUUAAAAAAUUUAAGAUGUGCUGAAAUGACUACAUUAGGUCUUGCAUUAAAAAACGUUUUUGAUAUACUCAAUAUUAAUCGUAUGCAAAGUGGUAUAGAUACGUAUGGACAAGGGCGUUCACCGUUUUUUCUUGAACCUUGCAUCAUUGUUGUAAUAACAGAUGGUGGUCGAUUAUCAAAUGCAUCAACUGUUGUAGAUGAAUUUAACUUGCCCAUGACAAACCCAAUACCUGGUUGGGAAAUGACACGAGAACCUUUUCGUUGGGAUCAACGGUUAUUUUCAUUAGUUUUACGUAUGUCUGGUACACCAACUGUUGAACGUGAUACAGGGCUGGUUGCUAAUGAUACAUCCCCUAUAGAUGCAAUGUGUGAAGUUACUGGAGGUAGAUCAUAUUGUAUAACUUCACAAAGAGUUCUGAUGCAAUGUAUAGAUAGCUUAGUACAAAAAAUUCAAAGUGGCGUUGUUAUUAAUUUUGAGAAAAUUGGUCCUGAACCAAUGCCAAUUAAUGAUAAAGAAAAUGGAGUUGAUACAGAUAUAGUCUAUGAUGAAUUUGGAAAAAUUGGUUUCGGAAACAUUGACCAAAUUCAUCAAAAUGGAAAUAAGACAAAUGGAUUACCAAAUAUUCAGCCACCUACAAAUUCAUGGCAAAACUGUCGAAAAUUAAUUCAUGUACCAAAAUCUGCUCAAAAAGGAUUUCCUAUGGGUUUUUGGCCUAUUCCUGAAUCAUAUUGGCCAGAAAAUACCAUGAAUUCUUUGCCUCCAAGAUAUGCUCAUCCAACUGUUAAGUUUUCUUGUGUUAAUCAAGAACCUAUGGUUAUUGAAAGUUUACCAUUUGAUAAAUAUGAACUAGAACCAUGUCCAUUAACUCAAUUUAUAUUAUCAAGAAAGCAACCCACUCUCUGUUGGCAGGUUUUUGUUGCUAAUAGUUUUAAAACACCAGAUGUCAUGCAUCCUUUUGGUUAUUUGAAAGCCAGUACUACCCUGUCUUGUGUCAAUCUUUUUGUUUUACCUUAUAAUUACCCUUUGCUUUUACCUAUUCUUGAUGAAUUGAUCAAAGUUCAUAGACUCAAACAAACUCCAGAAUGGCGAGCACAAUUUCAAGCGUAUUUACGUAGUACACCUGGUUAUUAUAACGCUCCUUUAAGAAGAGCAUUAACCAGAAUGGGUGUUCCAAAUACUGUUGUGACUUCACUUGUACCAGAUACUGCUGACAAUGCUUCUUUAAGUUAUUCUGUGCUAAGUUAUCUUAAGAGAUUAAAAACUCAAGCAAAAACUGAAUAUGAUAGAUUAUGUACUGAAGUAACUAAUAAACAAACUGCAAAAUCAAAUGUAAAUAUGGCUGACUACGUAAGAAUUAAUCAUUUAUCUCUAUUAAAAAAAGAUGUAUCAACUAAUCCUCAACUUCAGAAUAAAUUUAUUCAUUUGAGGGAACAACUUAAUGAUUUCAACAAUUACGUUGUAGGAACUGCUAAACGAAAAAAUGUUGAAUGUAACAAAACUGGUGGUUCUGGUUUUCGUAAUCCUUUUGAUAUUUCUAGAAGUAAACUUCUGGAAGUUGUAAAAAACAUGCAAAAUAAUUUUUCACAAUUGUCUCAAACAAAGCUAUUUGAUGAUGAAUUAAUUCAUUCAAUGCCUGUAAGUCAAAUGGGUAAUUAUCAAGAAUAUUUGAAACGAAUGACUUCUCCACUUCGAGAAGUUGAAUCUAUGCCUGUAAGGCAACAUAUGUUUGGAAAUCCAUUUAAAAUUGAUAAAAGAAUGAUGGUGGAUGAAGCUGAUGUUGACAUGAUAGGGACAGGGAGUGGUUCAUCAAGUCCUAGAACUGGAUCUAAAAGAGCAAUUGAUAGUGGACCUCCUCGUAGGAAGCCAGGGCCAUUACCAAGACAUAUAUGUGCAUCACCACGCCCUAGGUCUCCUUCACCUGCACCAUUUAAUCUUGUUAAUGUAAUAGUAGAAGCUCCUCCUCUACUUUUACCCAAUGGAGGGGAAGCCGACGAGGAAUUAACACCUCUCCCAAUAAAUGGUGAAUGCUUCUCUAGAAUGUCAUGUCCGUCACCUCCUCCUCCAAUUCUUGAACCUUAUGAAAAUAACUUCAAUGAUGAAAUAGAAAAUGAAGAAAUCAUACUAAAUAAUAUUUCUUCUAACCAUGUACAUGUACCAUUAGUCCGAGAAGAAAAUUCCAUUCGACAACAUUUAUUGACAGUAAAUUCUAAUGUUAACCAAGACUUGAAUGAUUUAUCUCAACAAGAAUUAUUAGAUAUUAAACAACAUAAUGCUAAAGUUAAAAAACUUUUAAUCAUUGAAGUUAAACGACCUGGUAAAAAUUAUACAACUUUAUUUCAUUGUUUGGGAACCUUGAAAGGUCCAGCUUCUAUACAACUAACUUAUGUCAAUGAUAUAAUUGCAGAAGCCCUUAGGUUUAAAAGAAAAAAAUUAGUUAACAAAUUAGAAGAAUUUAGAAAGUCAUAUAUACGAAUUUAAACUGCUGCCAUAUGAUGAAAAAAGAAACGGGGAGUAAGAAAUGAAUUAUCAUUCUAUCAUUCUUAUUCCUCUACAUCAUAAAAAUUUGUGUUACUUUAAAUCUCAUUUUAUUACCAUCUGUAGAAUUAGUGUGAAUACUAUAAAUAUUUUUUACAAAAAAUAUAAAUGACCUUUUUUUGUAAAACAAAUAAUAAAAUCAAAAGACUAGGUAUAUUACCAAAAAUAAAUUGUUUAAUAGGUGAGUAGAUAAGUACAUAAAUAUCAACCAUUUAGCUGAUACCUGCAAAUAUCUUUCAACAUUUUAUUAUUAUUUAUUUUAAACUAAAAUAUAAAUUAUACAUAAAAUAUAUUUAAUUUAUAACUGAAAUCAGUAUACAUUUAACACAACAUAACUUUUAAUUAUUCAAAUUUGUAAAAAAUUAUUUUUUAUGAACAUUAGUAGACAACUAAUUUUCUGUUGUUAUAUUUAUAAACUUAUAUAGGAAUACUUUAACAUGACUAAGUAUUGUUAGCAAAGAUUUAACAAGUCUACAAUACAAACCUCAUUAUUAGAAAAAAAUGAAUUAAGCACCAAUUAAAUCCAUUUUGAUACCAUUGCACAAAAAAUUGAAUUUAAAAGUAAUUUUGAAAAAGUACUUUUCCUAUUUGACUAAAUCAUUAUUUUAAUAAAUUAUAGUUUUAAUAACAAAAUGUUUGACUAAUUCUCAUUUUUAUAAUUAUAAAAACUAAAUUUGAUGUCCAAACAAGCAAAACUUGAAAGUUUAGCCGAGUCCUCUUGUGUUAUUUAAAACAAUUAUUUGAAUGUUCACAUUCACCACUCAAAAACAAAUUUAAGUUAUGGUUCAUCUGAUAAUAACUGUUAUAAUUAUCAACAUUUUUAAGUAUUUCUAGCAAGCUAUCAGCUAUUUAAUGUAAGAGAAAUUCUGAUAUAUAUUUAAAUGACAUACAAAAAUUAAUCCUUUUCACUUUAGAUUCUCUUCAUAAAGAAUUUGAUUAUAAUAAUUAAGAAACAUUAUUUUAAAAGAUAUACAGUAAAGUAUUGGUUUGAUUGUUGUUCAUAAAUUACAUUAUAGGGCAUUUUAGCUAGUCAUGGUUCAAUUUGGAGUGACUUGGGUGCCAUACUACUCUAUUGGUGGUGUCCAAUUAUUACAAUAAUAAUUAUGUGGUAAAGAUUCAAUUUUUUCAUUUGAAAAUCGAAGUAAAAAGUUUUUUAUAUACCCAAACGUUACCUUAAGGCCACAUUUUUAGACGCCCCUUCGAGCAAAAAAGAAAGGUCAUAAUUAGUAUAAUCGCGACCACGGUACAUAUGUUUUUCGGUUAUGAGUAAAACAAUUACAAUUUUUAUGUAGUACAACCGGGUAUGGUAUUUUUGAAAAUUUGUCGCCUUGAGCAGAGGGUAACAGUUGCCUAAACUAUGCCACUAUCCCAAAAUUAUACGUUUUUUCUGUUAUUAAUAAAAUUGUUUUUUUUAUUUAUUUUUUUUUUUUUGUGUUUAAUUUUUGCAAAACUUAAUUUUAUCUCAGUUAUAUUUAUAACUGAUAGAAAAUCAGUAUUCAUUUAUAUACAGGGUGUUCAAUAAGUCAGGAAACGGGUUUCUAUUGUUCUCAUUGUUUGUAACAAUGAGAACAAUAGAAAACCGUUUCCUGACUUACUGAACACCCCUGUAUAUUACAACAUAUAGAAGAUGUGAUUGUCAAUAUUCAAUUUUAUACCAAAUGCGCGGAUUUAAAAAUGUAUUUUUUUUUUUUUUUUUU